AACCGAAGGACGCUGCUGAUCUGAAGAGAUGCUUGUGAUGCAGGUUAUUCUGGCUAAAUAGCAAGAUCUAGAUCUAGCGGACUAGGGACGCAUUUUGGGUAUCUGGGGAAAUACCAGGAUCAGGAUCGGGAUCGGUUGAAGGGCAUUUAUUGAGGUGUUUGAGUUUGAGGAUUGAGGAAGGAGAGGAGAGGAGAGGAGAGGAGAGGAGAUAUCCCCGGUGUGAUGUCAUUCUUUAUUGUCAAGCUCCUUUUGCUCGAAAAGAAUUGUGAUGCUGAGAUAUGGCUGAGACCUUUCUUUGAGCGAGUCGGUGAUGGCCGGCCGGCACUUUGGUGAGAGACCAGAUAUGCUCGCUCGCUCCACUAGGUGCAUGGAGUUUUCGGUCCUAAUUCGAGGCGCAGGUGGGAAAUUUCCGGCUCCUCAAUCUCGAUAUCGGAGAAGCCGAAUUUGCCUUUGGUGGGAACCUCGCUUCUCAACAAAAAAGUACAGUGUACUUCGUACCUGCGCCGAAACGCUGCGUAUAUGCGGGUACCUCAUACAUGAGCGCGGGAAUAAGGAACUUGAGGAGAUGAGGAAAGGAGUUCGGGGGAACUCGGAGAAGUGGAGAGAGGCUCGGGAUAAGCUCCUUCGACACGUGGGGUACAGUAUCUAUCAUGUGAUAGGAAACUCCCCCCUUUCCGCGGAGAGCACGUGCUUGCUUCCCCUUAAUUUCCAAGGUUGCCCAGAGCUUCGUUGGCUUUUCUUUUCCGAUACACCCGUGUCUGUUCUCCGUUUCAAGCAAGCGAGCGAGAAUCAGCAAAGAAAAAAAAGGAAAUACCCCCACGCCUCGAUCAGAUAUAUCACAAGCCUCAAACUUCUUGGGAAAUGGGAUCAUGAGAGCGCCGCGCAUCUACCCUCUCUUGCGACGGAAUCACCUCUCCGUACCGCAAAAUCAUAACACUGCUCAAAUAAUCUGCUCAACACCAGUCAGAAAACUCAAAUGUGCAAAGCAGAGAGCUGAUCGUGAAAAAGGGACAAGCGCCUCCUAUCUCGCAUUACCGCAUUGAAUUCAUCCGGCGCAUCGACAUUCCCCAACCCGCCCGCCGUUCUCCACUUUACGAUAGAUAUCGUGAUUUGAUGAUCCCGGGGGCUCCACAUCUAGGGUCUGAUCGUUCCGUCGUCUCCGCAUUCAAGGGAUAGGCAGGUAGGGUAAGUACGGUA